AUGAAAGUCAACGUCAACAGAGAAAGCAACCCGCAUGUUGUCGGAGACCCUCUUAUAAACCAACCUCCCGCCACCCGGGGCCCCUUCAGGCCCAGGGACCCCAGUUUCUUGAAGUCCCAGGUAGAGAAGCGCCGGCGGGAGAGAAUGAACUGCAGUCUGGAGCGUCUGAGGUCCAUGUUGCUUCAGGAGUCACAGCAACCGGAUGUGACCCACAGAGUGGAGAAAGCUGAGAUACUGGAGCACACGGUGCUCUUCCUGCAGAAAACAGCCAUAGGAGACACAAAGACAGCUGCAGGAGGAGGCCAACAACACUCCUUCCAAGACGGCUUCUCAACCUGCCUGCAGAGAGCUGCUUGCUUCCUGGGACCUCAAGGGAAAGGACUGCGGCUGGCAGCAACGCUGGAUGCAACUUUUGCUGCUCGCUUUCCCCUCUCUGACUCUGGAGGCAUCAAAGCUGCAGCUAAAGUCCACUCCUCCAGCUCUCUGCCUCACACAAACUUUUCCCAGCUCAGUCCCCAGACGAUGAAGCAGAAGUCCAAGCUCAGACUGAAUGUGCACGCCUUCAGUAGGAACACUGUAGUUCAUUCUCAGCAGCUUCCGCUCCAUCACUGGUAUCCCAGAGUUCCCCAACAGCCCCAGAGACCAAAUCAGCUUGAGAUCAGGGUGGAGAGACGGGCGAGCAAGCAGAGUCCGUCCCGGAGCCCCCCAGUCAGCCAGUCUUUGUGGAGGCCCUGGCCCUGA